AUUUUGUUAAAUAAGCCGACGGAAAAGGCCGGAGAGCGGACACUAAAGCGGAAACUCGUUAACUUCACAAGCACGCAAUAGAAACGCAAACGCUCAUCACGGAUGCGUGCGUCCAUUAAACAAAAUUUUUAAAAAUCAAUACAAGUGAAUAAUAUUCAACAAUAAAUAUAUCAGUGGUAUUUUUUAAUAAUUAUUUUAACUACGUAACGUAUGCUCUAGUGAGCGUUUAUUUUAAAGCAUCACAAUGAGUCAAAUGUCACGUUACCCAUCCGACUGUAAAGUCUACGUCGGUGAUUUGGGAAGCAACGCAACAAAACAAGACCUCGAAGAUGCUUUCUCAUACUAUGGACCCCUGAGAAACGUGUGGGUAGCAAGAAACCCACCAGGUUUUGCAUUCGUCGAGUUUGAAGACGCCCGAGAUGCUGACGACGCCGUUCGUGGUCUUGAUGGCCGGACAAUCUGCGGUCGACGAGCCAGAGUUGAACGUUCUAAUGGUAAACGUCUAAUGCGAGAUCGUGGAUCCCGUCGUGGUGGCGGCGGAGGUGGUGGCGGUGGAGGCAGACCAUUCCAUCCAGAAGACCGGUGUUACGAGUGCGGGGAACGUGGCCAUUAUGCCCGUGACUGUCCCAAACACAGGGGCGGCCGCAAACGCAGGUCAUUUUCACGAUCGCGCUCGCGAUCACGCAGCAAGCGCUCUAGAUCCCGCUCAUCAUCACGCAGCAGGUCACGUAGCCGCAGUGGCAGACGUGCCAAGUCGGCCAGCAAAGGCAGAUCUGAAUCUAAAGAUCGUAGCCCACCGCGCCGAUCACGCUCAAGAUCGGCAUCCAGAUCUCGCAGCAGGUAAACUAAUGGAAAGCUAAUGGUGACCGUAACGGAAAGUUUUGAGUUAUACAAUUUCAUAAUAAGGAUCUCAAGCUUUUAAUGUUACUAAUAAUUAUUUACUUAACAAUAUAAUUUUUAGUUUUAUGUGUUUUAUUGUCAUGUAUACUAUGCCUUUAUUUAGUAGGCGUUUCUGGAACAAUGCUAAAAGGUAAUUGUUCAUAAUUUUUCUCGUAAUUACUUUCACUUCAGUAAGUAU